AUGACACAGGAAUUGGCAGUGGAGAGCUGGGGCUACAAACAGAUCAGCAUCCAGAAAUACUCCUACAAGUGGACCAUCAGCAAUUUCCAUUUUCACUUGGAGCGAAUGCAGGGGGCAAACAUUAAAAGUCCCACUUUCUCAUCAGGUGCAAAUGACACACUUGAAUGGUGUAUGAAAAUACACCUGAACGGGGUCGAUGAAGAAAGCAAAGGUUACUUGUCAGUUUCCUUAUGGCUGCUCAGCUGCCCAAAGAAACCAGUAUGGGCGAAGUUCCAGUUGUGGAUCAUCAAUGCUGAAGGAGAGAAAUCCCUAACAAUAAAGAGCCCAGAAUUCUUCAGGUUUCUGCAAAACCAACACUGGGCAUACAAGAAGUUUAUCCCUCGAGAUUUCCUCUUGUCUCUGGAGCCUUGGCUUCUCCCAGACACCAAACUCACCCUGCUGUGCACGAUGGAUGUGGUCCAAGAAACCUUCUGCAUCUCUGGAGAGAGCACGAUGCCAGGGAUCCAGGUUCCAAGGUGCACAAUGGCAGAUGAGCUAGGAGAGCUGUGGGAGAAUCCCAACUUCACAGACUGCUGCUUGGUGGUAGCUGGCCAGGAGUUUCAGGCUCACAAAGCAAUCUUAGCAGCUCGUUCUCCAGUUUUCAGAGCCAUGUUUGAACAUGACAUGGAGGAGAGCAGAAAAAUACGCAUUGAGAUCGACGAUCUGGAGCUGCAAGUCUUCAAGGCAAUGAUGAGAUUCAUUUAUACCGGGGAGGCACCAGACCUCCACAGCAUGGCAGAUAAUGUGCUGGCAGCUGCCAACAAGUAUGGCCUGGUUCGUUUGAAGGUCAUGUGUGAGGAUGCCCUCUGCAAGGACCUCUCCGUGGAGACUGCUGCCCGAACACUUGUCCUGGCUGACCUCCACAAUGCAGAGCAGCUGAAAACCCAGGCACUGGAUUUCAUAACACAUCAUGCUUCUGCGGUCUCUGAGACCACAAGCUGGAAGAAAAUGGUGGGCUCGUAUCCCCACUUGUUGGCUGAGGCAUACAGUUCCCUGGCUUCUGCUCACUGCUCUUUACUGGAGCCCCCUUGCAAACGUCUCAAGCAAUCUUAG